CCCCUUCCUCUCCCCCGCGGGACAUGCGAUUGACCGGCCCCUAGCACAAUGGCAUCCUCUUCGCAGCUCAUCCAGCUGGCAAAGUCGCUGCCAACGCCCCUGCAGCGCUUCUUCGCCCGAUACCCCCCCGCCGCCAUCGUCCCCGAGGGGAGCCCCAAGACACCCUCCCAAGAGUCCCGGCCGGACCCCUUCCGCUUCUACAAGCACCCCGUGACGGGCAAGUGGCAGGACCCCGUCUACUCGCAACGCCGCCAGGCUGAGCUGGUCAAGAUGGCCCGCGAGCACGGCGUCGAGGACCUACUUCCCGACACUCGCAAGGGCACCGAGUACCGUCUUGCUCACCGGGUCGAGCACGGUCUGAGGGUGAAGGGUACUGGUGUGGGACAAAAGGUCAAGGGUCACAUCCACGAACGACACAUGAUUGCCAAGAUGGAGCAGAGGAGAAAGGCCAUGUUGGAUAUGCCCAGCCUCAUCAAGCGCUGGAAGAGGGCAAGUCAUAGUACUCAUAUCAACUCUGUUCAUUAUACUAACUCCCGUGACAGCCCAAGGCCAACCUCCAUGGCAUCUUCUACAGACUUUUCCGCCGUCUCCGGCACGGCGACGCAUUAUCAAGUCCUCAACCUAACAGCAACCCUCCUCGACACACAACAAGACCCCACGCCACUCAUAAAGCGCGCCUACCACCGCGCCCUCCUCCGCAACCAUCCUGACAAGGUCGCCGCCUCAAAUCCUUCAGACUUCUUCACCGUUGACCAAAUCACCACUGCUCUCAAUGUUCUCUCCAGCCCUUCAUCCCGGGCUGCCUACGACGCUGCCCUACGUGUGUCUCGCCCUGCUGGUGCUGCAAGUCGAGACGCAGCCUUUCAGACAGGCGUAGAAAACGUCGAUCUGGAUGACCUUGCCUUUGAUGAGGAUGACGAGUGCUGGUAUCGUCCCUGCCGCUGUGGAAACGAGAGGAGUUAUGUGUUUCGAGAGACGGAUCUAGAGGAACCUACCUUGCAGCUACAACCCAUGACCAGAGCCAUGGUUCACUACAUCCCUGCCGAAUGCAACAUGCCUCGAGGCUAG